UCUCUCUCUCUCUCUCUCUCUCUCUCUCUCUCUCUCUCAAGCACAUGAUAAAAAGUCUCGGAGACAGCUCCUCUCAGCUGAGAGAAACCUUCGAACACCAUCAGAGUGUCUGAGCAAACAUGUCCCAACAUCUGCUUCUCAUUCUCCUCUCGCUUCUCUUCAUUCUUCUUAAUCCCAUUUCCGCCUCUCCAAUUAUCCAAAAAUUCAAAGAAGCCCCACAGUUUUACAACUCUGCUGAUUGCCCCGUACUCGAUCCCGGAGACGAUGACAAUGACGUGGCGGCGAAGAAGCCAAUCUUCUGCUCCCGUCGAGCCGUCCACGUGGCGAUGACACUCGACUCCGCCUACAUUCGCGGCUCGGUCGCCGCCGUCCUCUCCGUCCUCCAGCACUCCUCUUGCCCGGAGAACAUCGUCUUCCACUUCGUCGCCUCCGCUUCCGCCGACGCGUCGUCUCUACGCUCCACCGUCUCCGCCUCGUUCCCUUACCUCGACUUCGCCGUCUACGUCUUCAACGUCUCCUCCGUCUCCCGCCUCAUCUCCUCCUCCAUCCGCUCCGCCUUAGACUGUCCGCUAAACUACGCCCGGAGCUACCUCGCCGACCUCCUCCCGCCGUGCGUCCGCCGCGUCGUCUACCUAGACUCCGACCUGAUCCUCGUCGACGACAUCGCCAAACUCGCCGCCACGGAUCUCGGCCGAGACUCCGUCCUCGCCGCGCCGGAGUACUGCAACGCCAAUUUCACCUCCUACUUCACCUCGGCUUUCUGGUCGAACCCGACGCUCUCCUUGACGUUCGCCGAUCGCAAGGCGUGCUACUUCAACACCGGAGUCAUGGUGAUCGAUCUCUCGCGGUGGCGGGAAGGCGCGUACACCGCACGCAUCGAGGAGUGGAUGGCGAUGCAAAAGAGAAUAAGGAUUUACCAGCUGGGUUCGUUGCCGCCGUUUUUAUUGGUAUUCGCCGGUUUGAUUAAACCGGUUAAUCAUAGGUGGAACCAGCACGGUUUAGGGGGAGACAAUUUUCGAGGACUGUGUAGGGAUCUGCAUCCUGGUCCGGUGAGUCUGUUGCAUUGGAGUGGGAAAGGUAAGCCAUGGGCUAGACUCGACGCAGGUCGGCCUUGUCCGUUAGACGCGCUUUGGUCUCCGUACGAUCUACUUCAAACGCCAUUCGCUUUGGAUUCUUGACCAUUUUGGUUUACUUAUUAUACCGGUACAUACAUACUACAUACGUCGAAAUAUACUUGUGAUUUUUUUUGGUAUAAUGUAAAUCUAUUCAUAAAUCGUGGCAAACAAACAAAAAAGAAACAUUUUGGUUUGAUGUUUUGUUCGUUAAGGCGAUUGAAAAUAUUACGCGAGUUUAGAGGCGGCAAAACGCUGUGUUAGCGUUUGCAU